AUGAACGGCCCACGGCCUAUCGGUUGCACUAAGGCCAACUUAGGCAAGUAUGUUCUCGACAAUAUCAAACAAAUGGCUUAUCAGGAAGUCGGACAUCUCAGGGCGAUACAAGGAACACUACAGAAUAAUACCGGCAAACCUGGAUUCCCAAGACCACAACUCGAUCUGAGUAGCAGCGUAUUUGCAAAUAUUAUGGACAAUGCGUUCGGGGAGACACUCGACCCCCCAUUCAACCCUUACCAGAACGACAUAAACUAUCUUAUCGCGUCGUAUGCCAUCCCAUACGUCGGACUAACCGGAUACGUUGGGGCAUUGCCUUGCUUGUUGAACCCCACUUAUAGAAAGCUGGUCGGGGGUCUUUUGGCGGUGGAAUCAGGACAGGAUGCAGUGAUACGGGAAAUGUUGUACGAAAGAGCCGAUCAACUUGUAAAACCGUACAGAUUCAAGGUGUCGGAAUUUACAAGCAAGAUCUCGAGCCUGAGGGACAAUCUCGGAGGGCAGGGGGUGAAAGACGAGGGCAUAGUAGUUGAUAAGUCGCAAGGCGCCGAGGGCAAAAUUGCAGGGAAUGUGCUUACUGGAAACGAGAAUUCAGUGGCAUACGACCGGACUCCAGAGGAGAUUUUGGCCAUCGUGUAUGGGUCGGGAGACGUGCAUAAGCCGGGUGGGUUCUUGCCCAAUGGAGGUGGUGGGGCGAUUGCCGAAUCCUACCUCCGCAAACAUUGA